AAUCCGAUUGGCUGCUGGUCUCGAUGGAGUUUUCAAAAUCGGAGUAGCAGCUGACGGAGCUGUCAAAACAGCCGACAGGAGGAGGACGUGACUGGCGAGGAAUACGACAAAGAGGCACCGUAAAUGAAGCCAAAUAUAGCCAACAUGUCGCACCUCCCUCCUGUCUCAACAGUCUGCUUGGCUGGAGCCAUGAGGACGAGUGAGUUUGACUCUUCAUCUGAAGAGGAGGAUGUUGGAGAGGAGCAGCUGACGCCCUUUCAUGUUUCCUGGUUACCUCUGUCCGUAGUGGAGUGCGCACAGUUUCUUGGGAUAUGCGCACUACCAGGUUGCAAAUACAAAGACAUCCGCAGGAGUCUGGAAAGGGAUGUUGAAGAGCUCCAGAACCAAGGGGUGCAGGAAGUGUUUGUUUUCUGCACCAGAGGAGAGCUCAACAAGUACAGGGUUCCCUCCCUGCUGGAGGUCUACCGGCAGCGCGGCUUCACCGUUCACCACACGCCCUUCCCAGACGGAGACGCUCCGGAGCUGCAACAGUGCUGCCAGAUCCUCGAGGAGCUGCAGGUCGGCCUCGAGAACAACAGGAGGACCGUGAUCCACUGCUACGGAGGCCUGGGACGCUCCGGAUUAAUCGCUGCCUGUCUGCUGCUCCAGCUCUCUCUCACGAUGACGGCAAACAAAGCCAUCGAAAUCCUGAGGGAGCACCGAGGAGGAGGAGCCAUACAGACCGUGAAGCAAUACAACUUCCUCCACGAGUUUCGGGAAAAGUACGCGGCGUACCAAGAAAGCCGAGCGGUGUCCACAGAGCGCUCGGUGUCCCGGUGAUCACGCCUCUAAUCCGUGAAAGAGUUCUCCUCAUUGUGUGUGAUAUGUAAUUGUAUUCUCUAAUGACUGCACUUUAACAGAAUACUCUUAAUAUAUUGCUUUGUUUUCUCCUCAUUAUAAUCCAAUUAAAAGCCUUGAGGAUAUCCUCUUGGCAAGUUUACAACAUGUUAGCGUUAAAAAAUAAAUAAAAGUUUGUCAUAAUUGCUGAAGAUGUCAACUGGGAAAAGGUCUCCCGCUGUGUGUCUGUUUAUUUUAUUGUUGAUGUCCAAUGAGCUGAAUUUUCUGAAAUACCAUCCUUCCUCUAAAUCUGUAGCAGCAAAAAUCAGUACUUUUCUGCUCCACAUUAGUUCUCAUAACAUUGUUUAUUAGCCACUCCACUAACAAGAAUAUGUAUUUAUGCCACUCGUGAAAAGGACAUGAGUUAAAACAACACUCCAGUCCAUUAUAACAGAGUGGGAUAGUUUUAUUUAGAUUAAAAUAAACUCAAGUUGUUGUUUCCUAGAUGUGAAAUGAUGGAAUCUAAUACAUUAAAAAAAUGUUGAUGUUAUCCGUGACAAAUUACCAUUGCUUUCCCUGAUAAAUAUA